UAAUAUACCCCUUGGCAGGGAGGACCCCACUGAGAGCUCAACCUCCUUCUGUGGGAAGGAUCGGGGGCACACCAUAUGUUACCUCUCUGCCCUCACACCUUCCAUCCCAGACCCAGGUGGAGGGCCCUUUGGGGAUAAGCAAAUGGACAGAGAAGUGGGAGAUGAGGGCUUGGCAGGAGGUGUGGUGUGGAGGUCUGGGGAGCCACGGAGGCCCACAGGACAGAGAGGUGGGGGGCUGUCUAUGACCUCAGGUCCUCACCCCUCCCAGUCCCAGGUAGAGGAACCAGUUGGCCGCCUGCCACUGGAGCCAUCACCUGGGCCAGACAGGAGGCACUGGUGGCAGAUUUUUGUCCUGUGCAUCUUCUGGAUGCUCCUCUUGUGGCUGAUGACCCCCUGCCUGAAUCUGAAGACUGACUCAGCACCCCAGGAAAAAUGGAUGGACGGGGCACCACAGCAUUGCAGCUGCCCUUGGUUCAAAUUCUGGCAAUGUGGCUGCCCGCCCGGGAGUCUCAACCACUCUGUCUGCCACCACACAGCUGGAGAGCGCUGGUUUGAUGCAGGCUAUGAGAAGAUGAGGGGGUCCCUGAUGGGAGAAGCAGAGUCCACGCGCCCUGGUGCUGUGCUCUGGUGGUCGGACCUGAACGCAGCAAGCGAGCUGCGCAGAGUGUGGGAGAAGCUGCUCAAGGUGAUUCCCCGACCCUCAGUGAGCCAUUUUGAUCUCUUCUGUGGGACUUGUGCCCUGAUGGGGAAUUCAAAGAUCUUGCAGGCUGCCAGUCUCAGCAACAACGUCAACCGACCCAACAUGGUCUCCAGGAAUGCCAGGGGCCAGCGUUCUUGGAGGCAGGUGCUGCUGCUGCUCCUGCAGCUCUUUGAUCUUGCAUGGACUUCAGAUGCUCUGAGUGAGGAGAUGGUGGUCUUCCUUCUGGACCAGAAGUCUAGCCAGAAUGACCUUCGUAAGAUGCCCAGAAAUAGCUCAAAGACCUGCGAGUGCCCCCAGAACUCUUUAAGAAAGUGUAUCUGUUCAUCUGAGGUCCAUGAGUACUCCACCUGCCUCGGCAUUCCUGGAGAGCCUGUCUGGCUUGACGAACACUUUGAGAUGGACGUUGAGCCCCUGAUAAGGAUGAACCAGGCGCCUGUCCAAGGCUUUGAGGCGGAUGUGGGAAAAAGGACCACUGUGCGCAUUACGUACCCCAAGAUAGACAGCCCUUAG